AAUUAUUACUAAGAGUUCAUUUGGACAGCGAUCUUACUCCACUGUGAACCCUUUUUCUUAUUCCGCGCUGGACGGAGUGGCGCCUCCCUGCGGACUGUGUCACCCUUGCUGUCCUCACCACUUGCUCUUUCCACGAGGACUCGAGGUGCAAUGAGACGAGCUCGCUUCGUAGCCCCUCAAGUUCUGAUUAAACCGCGCAAGUCUUAGAAGCUCACACUCUGCAGCCCCGCCCCUUCUGGCACUUAACGGAAGUGACGUUCCCGCCGCGUCACCAUUUUCCCCAGUAAACAUGGCGGACUGGAGUAGAGGACAUGGCCCAGGGGCGGUGGAUGAGAUGCUGGAUGCAGAGAACAAGCUUUUGGCCGAUCAGCUGGCCACCAAAGUCUCUCGGCUGAAGUCGCUGGCUCUGGACAUUGACAAGGAGACCGAAGAGCACAACGCCUACCUAGAUGGGAUGGACUCCAACUUUCUGAGCGCCACUGGGCUACUGACGGGCAGCGUGAAAAGGUUUUCCAACAUGGGCUCAGACCUAAAGUGCUGCGCGCGUGGAGGACGAGGACGCCGCCGCCGCCGCUGCCAUGAUGAACGGAGCUUCUCAAUUCUGCGAGAGGGCCGCUCUCUCUUGUCGUUUAUCAAGUAAGAAACAUUAGUAACAGCCAAGCCGUUGUGUUCCAGGUCUGCAGGGUUGAGGGGGCCGAGCAGAUGGUCUCCGCAGGCGCUGGAGCCUGAUUUGACCGGAAGGGCACACGUCACGUCAUGUCACGGCCUGCUGCUCCUGUCUAACGGGUGAUUUCCUCGGAGGACGGAGACCCCCUAACCCUUUUCAGCUUUCUUCUGAUGUCCGUUUGUCAUGGGAGUGAAUGGAGGGCUGCGAUGUGAACGUCUCCAGCCUGAGUUUGGGGUCUCGUCCGUCGUCCUCCUCCUUGAACUCUUUGGUGUGACACACGAGCUGAGACCAGCGCUCUGCACAGGGUGACAAUCACAGAAAUGGCCUCCCUAACCAGUACUGACGGUCAACUGUGCCAUCUUUAAGGACUUGCCAAGUUAUGGGGGGGGGCGGGCUUACUCGGGGUCACAUGGUGUGGGACUUGAACCUGUGAUUGGUCACAGUCGAGACUCGGCCACUCACAGGGUGUUUUUCUUUUUUUUUUUUUCUUUCUUGAGCAGAACUUUGCACACAAGGAAUUAUGAAACUUCAUUUGUGCAUUGGCACAGCAGGCACCAUAAUGACCUUGGCUGGCUCUGGCACCUUUUUGUAUGGGCAUUCCAUGCCCUGCAGGUUCCAUGGAGCCCAUCGGGGCCUGCAGCCUGGGGUCCCAUUGUCGAAGAUUGGUGACACUGAACUGGCAUAGUCGGCAGGAGUGCCACGUGGUUCUCCUUACUUGCUAAAGGGGUGAAUUCUUUACUUACUGCUUCCUGCCAUCUUGGUAUGAACUCCUGUCGUGACCAGUGGACUCCUAGGCCAAUUCCACCGCUGCCCACAGUCCCUAGGACUGGUGCGCUAUUUAGCGAGACCCCCAGACCUCACUGUACGAGUGCAGGACACAUGAUGUGACAGUGACGUGUGGUGGUAGUGGCAGAGGCUUACUUUCUACGUGCCCUCACAGGUAGAGGGGCCUCUUUUAACGAAGAGCGUAUUAUUGCUCAGUUUUUAUUUAAUUAGAAGCCAUCAAGUUUGGGUCGCAGAGACGCCGGCCAGCAUGCCUGACAUCGUCAUUCAUGGUGGUCCGGAUGUUUUACAAACGUCCAAGGCCUGUGACUCCCCACAGUUUGUUUCAUAAACCUGUUCAGGUGUAUUGUGGGUAAUUUGUCAGAGUCCCCAAUAAAAUGUCAAUUCUGUGCAGGCCUUAACUUGCUGUUUUCUAAUAAAGCCACUUUGCUGUUUGACGUCUUA